GUUUGGUAAUUGUUAGUCAGCUGACAGCUCCAGCUACUGGAAAGAAAUGCGCUGACAGACCACAAUAACCUUUUUUCUAGAAUAUAUGUAGCUGCUAGGCAAGUAUAUUUGGAUCAUUUAAAAGGAAGAGUGAAUUAUGUCCCGAAUUGUACUCCACCUGCAGCUGGUCUCCAUCGUUGUUUUUCUGUCGCUGCUGUCAAAACAACAAACGAACGCAAAGAAUUCUGAAGACAUCAGAUGUAAAUGCAUUUGCCCACCUUACAAAGAUGUGCUUGGACAGAUCUACAAUCAGAAUGUGUCUCUGAAGGACUGUAACUGUUUACAUGUAGUGGAGCCCAUGCCAGUGGAGGGGAAAGAUGUUGAGGCUUACUGCCUGCGCUGUGAGUGUAAAUACGAGGAGAGGAGUUCCGGCACCAUUAAAGUGACCAUCAUCAUCUACCUGUCCAUCCUGGGCCUGCUGCUGUUGUACAUGGUGUAUCUGACACUGCUGGAGCCCGUGCUGAAGAGACGUCUCUUCGGACACUCCCAGCUCAUCCAGAGCGAUGACGACGUUGGGGACCAGCAGCCCUUCGCCAACGCUCAUGAUGUGCUGUCUCGCGCCCGGUCGCGGUCCAACGUGCUGAACAAGGUGGAGCACGCACAGCAGCGCUGGAAACGGCAAGUGCAGGAGCAGCGCAAGUCCGUCUUCGACCGGCACGUGGUGCUCAGCUAAAGCAACUCCACCCCCCCCCAACCCUGGCCUCUACCAUCUGUUACAGGAGGUGGUGGGGAAGCACUGGAGAAGCAAAAUCACUGUGACAGGGUGUUCCCUAUACCCCCAUACCUGUCUCCCCCUAUUUCAGAUAAAUGUUAGUGGUUUCACGUGGUCUGAUACAUCUGGACCUUUACCGUUUUUUUAGAGAACAUGUAUGCACAAUAUGUAGCAGGUGUUCAUGAGGAAGUGUAGCUGUCGUGUAGUCGAGUUACAAAAGAGGAUCAUGGGUCGAGCCUUUGACAAAAUAUGUUUGCUUUUGGUGGACGCCUAAAUUUUUCUACUGCAAACAUUGGGCCAAAAUUCCAUUUCUGCCAGACACACAGAGUCCCACAAAAUGAGGGGUCCAGUUCCUCCAUCUUGAACAGAUCAAGGCUGUUUACAUACUUUUUAGGAUCGUUUUUCACAUAAUUGAGCGAGCCACAGUCUUUUCUCAUGCGAUCUGUGUGAAAAUAGAACUGCCAACAGACAGAAAUUAUGUGGAACCUUAUUCGGCUUAAGUAGAACUAAGUAUGUGGAAACUUUACAAGGAUGGGAUUUUUUUUUCUUUUUAACCUGGUGUAAAUGACUUUAGCGUUUAAAAAUUCUUCCUAUUCACUCCUCUUAUGCUCCCCCAAAACAUGAUUGAAAAUCUACAAAUAAGUGUACUAUGCCUGUCUACUCGCAGAAAUGCUUGCAUGCUCUGGAACUUUUGAAGUGUUCUAUGAACAAAUUUUGGAGCUUAAACAAAAAUUAAGUGUACAGUAUUGAUAUAACAUUUGCCAAUUCUUGUGUAAUAUCAGUCCUAAUGGUGUCUGUGUGUCUGUUUCGAACUCAAAGACUGUUAGGAUAGUUUUAAAUAUUAAAAAAAAAACUGUUUCAUUAAAUGUUUCAACUAAUUACUAAUGGUACUAAUGCAGUAUAAAACAAAUGAGUUCAUGAAGCUGUUUAAAAAAUGUAGAUGAUGCAUCAGUAGUGUGUAAUCCUUUUUCUGUCUCCCAUUUGAACAUCUUAAUGUAUGACCAAUUUGAAAAUUGAUUUCUGAAUUAUUAUAUCGAUGCUUAGAGUUCAGCACCGCUGCAGAUAUUAGUUUUAAGCCUGGUCCCUGAUUUUUUUUUUUUUUUUUAUAAUGUACAUACAGUAUGUUGUGUGACAGGGCACAAUUACUGUUUCCUAAAAUUUGGAGAUAAUGCAGCAGUUUACAGUAUUUUUCAGCCCAGUCAGUUAAGAAAUACAAAAUAACUGUCAAUCUGUAUGCUGCAGCCAUUCACCAUAAAUCACUAUUGUAGAUACAAAUACCUUUUCUCAGUCAUUUCUACUAAGACUGAUGCUAUGAUUUGUUUACUUUGUGUGGUUUCAGAAGGGAUGUUGAUGAGGUUUGAAUGGUGAUGAGGGUGGAGACUUCGCCGUUUAUUUAG